UCGUAGCACACUUCACACAUAGUUCACUCCAAUUUUUUUUUACUGUAAACAUGUUGAAGAUUAAAGAACAGGUGGUCAAUUAAUUAAUAGAUGAUCUGUUUCUUCACAAAAGCAGUUUAUUAAGCAAACUAAAGCAUUUAUUCCAUAGACAUUCAUUCAAAAAGAACAGCCUCUGGUCUCCUUGUCAAUGUACCACCGAGUUACGCUUUGUUUUGCUAACAUUAAAGGCUCACCCGUGGGAGAGGGGCUCUGUUUAACUUCGACACUCAACAGUGAACGAGGAAGUACAGAAAUAACAAAACCAAUGUUCUAUUGUAACAUUUAGCCUACUAUGGAGAGAGAUACUGGAAUCAUUGCUUCAAUAAAAUCUCUUGGGUAUAAGAGCAGUGAGUGCUUGAGGAAAUGUACAUGUGAUGAAUUACCUUGUCCACUGCUUACCUGGUUGGUCUCAGAGAUAAGAGCAAGCUGCCCAUGUGUGCCAGCAUGGAGCAUUGGUGGUGCAGUUCUGGUGGGGGAGUUGAGGGAGGUGCUUAAGGAGAUGUCCUGUCCACAAAGUGCACUCACAUCAGAGCACCUUAGCCCACUGCUGCUGUACAGACUGACCGAGUUCUUGGUGGCAGAGUUAAUGGCAGCACAUAUGCUGAUGUACAGAGAGAUUCAUCCAGAUGAUGCAGAACAGAAGUUGGAGUCCAAGGGCAAAGAGCAAAGAAAAUGGGAAAGUCUUACUCUGGACAGUAAGGAUGAGUAUCAAGAAGACAGUCAAGCUGAGGUGGAUAAUUGGAAAGAUGUUACAAAGUAUCUGGCAGGACUGUUUCAGACUCUUGGUUUAGAAACCUCCUCUCAGAUAAGUGAUGCCUGUACAGAGGUGGAGUCACGGCUUGCAUCCCUUCCAGAAGGUGUAAUGCCAGAGCCAUUACUAAAGACCAGUUUGAACUCAGAUCAGUGGAAAAAGAUUCAUGAAAUCGACAAAGCUCUUCGUAAGGAUUAUGAGUGUCGACGCCAAAUGAUGAUCAAGCGUUUCUAUGUCACACUUCAGUCUUUUGGUUGGGGAGAUAGGGGACAGGAACGCAAUGCUGUGCUUUCUUCCAUGCCACAAUUUUCACCCUCUCUUGAGACGUCUAUCUCAAUUGCUAUGCUGUUGGCAGCCAGAGAAGAUCAGUCUCGCAUUUCGCCAGUUAAAGCGGGGCCUUCAACGGCUGUUCACAAGGUUCUAAUGGGCAGUGUGCCAGAUAGGGGGGGACGUCCAGGAGAGAUUGAGCCACCAAUGCCCAGCUUCGCCAGUCGCAGGGAGGGAGAAGGCAGUCAGUACAAAAAGAAAAAACGAGAAUACUCAGGAAAAAAGAAAAAUAAACUGAAUUAGAGAUUUGUUUUUUUAAGUGCUAGUUUUGUUGCAGGAAGUAACAUCCCAGCUACAAAGAACUUUCAGUUAUAAAUAUAUUUCACUGACAAUUAUGUUUGCGGCCAAAAAGAUAAAAUAGACACUAAUGGUCAUAGACUAUGGUCAUUGUUAAAAAAAAAAAGUAUAAUUAUUUAACAUUUAUUAGUAAACACACUUAAUUUACAAUUUAAUUUGAUGAAUAACAAAUGUAAUAAAUUCAUUUCAGUGAAAUGUAUGAAUAUGAAUGGCAAAGCCAAGAGCUAUGGUUUUAUUAAAAAGUUUGUUUGAACAAGAACAUUUCUUUAAACUUUUUUUAUUUUUUUUUUCAAAAAACACAUUGGUAAAGGAAUAGUUCACAGAAAAAUUGGAUAUCUGUCAUCAAUUACCCUCUUGUUGUUCAAAACCGGAAUGAUUUUCUUUCUUACCCAAAGGAAUUUCUGUCCUGUUCCCUCAUUACAGUGGCAGUGAAGUCUGCGUUCAAGCUUCAGAAAGGAAGCAAAAGUAUCAUGAAAUUAGUCCAUGUGACUUGUACCAUGUAAUUCUAAGCCUUUUGAAGGUAUACAAUAGGUUUCCGUUAAAAACAGCCCAAAAUAUAAGUCAUUAUUAAAUGAACAUAAUUAGCAUGCAUCAUAGCACAGUAUUGUAUAUAAAGAACUUACAGUAUCAGUUACACUUAAAUAAACAUUCAUCUUGACUUACUUUCACCUCUACAUGUUGUGACUUCUUACACAUUUUGAGUCUUUAGUUUUCACAUCAUCUUGUGUGGUUAUUUUCAAUGGGCAUUAUAUGUAGAUUAUUAUAUGCAUUCAGUGUAAUGUGUGUAGGCAGUGUAAAGGUAAUCUAUACGAUUCGAAAGAAAGUAAUUUGAGAUUGAAAAGGCAUAAGCAUGAGUAAAUGAUGAAAGAAUGAUCAUUUUAAAUGUUAUCAUCAUAUCAUCAAAAGUUACAUGUCCAAAAUGCAUUAUUUGAAAAAUUACUGUAUAUACACUCCACAAAAUAAUGAUUUUAAGCUUUGAGUAUUUUAAUUUUAGAGUAAAAAAAUUAUAAAAAUCUAUAUCUAUAUAAAUUAUAUCUAUACUUUUUUAAAAUAAAUUUUAAACUUAUAAAAU